GUAGCUAGACUCUAGUUAGGAAGCCAAGCCGUGUCGGUAUCAGUCGAGCAAGCAUAUAGCAUCCCUCCUGCAGUGGGACAUGCUGCAGCAUCACAAAAUUUGCAUGAGGAAUUCUGCAUCUGCAUCUCGGAAUCCCACACUUUUUGGGUGUUUGCAAAGGAAACAAGUUGAGCUUAUGUUUUAGGUUUAGGAAAUGUUCUGCUCCCAGCAUCAAUAAAUUACCAGUCUAAGCAGAAUUAGAAUCAAACAGAAAAUUAGAAUGACUAUUUAUGUGUUAGCUCAUAAGCCACUGUGAUGAGUCAAACUGAGUCUUCAAUGCAUACUCUCAUAUCACAUUGUUUACCAUUCGCUAAGGCCAGUCUCAAUGGGGGUUUCAUGACAUUAAAUGUCAUCAAUUUUGCUGAUGUGGCAAGGAGAGAGAAGCAUGGAGUUUCAUGGGAUGUGAGGAGAGUUUCAUCACCAUGAAACUUAUCUGGCACGGUUACCUAGUUUCCAGUUUAGGUAUCUGUGCCCAUGAAACUCCCACUGAGACUGGCCUAAGCAACCUCAGCAAUCAAAUGCCAAAGCCGAACAUAUAUAAAUGUGACAUACUAUAAUAAUUUGAGCCCCAUAAUUUUAGCAUUGGGCAUAUGAAUGUCAUGAGUCCUGAACUCAAGGGAUACCAAUCCCACAAGGAAAUCAAUGUACACAGGUAGCUUCUUAUAGUACACCAAAACCAUACAUUCGAAAUUUGCAAACCCAAAGGUGAAGCCUAGGCCUAUUGCUGCAUGCACUUCUUCCCUGUGCAGCUCAUAACCUUGCACUACCAUGGGCCCCUUUUGGAGCUUCAUUCCAUCCUAUCCAGAGGUCUUCCUAGCAAUCAUCUGCUUUUUUGGGCUUUCCAUCUUCCGCCUCAUCAGACAGAGCCAGAAGAGCAGCCUCCCUCUGAACUGGCCUGUUGUUCGGAUGCUUCCCUUCCUCGUGGUGAAUCGGCACUGCAUUCACGACAAGGUUGCGGGUCUGCUACGUGAGGCCGGGUGCACGUUCAUGUUCCUCGGUCCAUGGUGGCUGGACAUGAACAUCUUGAUAACCUGCGAUCCAGCCACAGUCAACCACUGCCUUAACACCCACUUCGAGAAGUAUCCAAAAGGUAGAGAGUUUGCUGAGAUGUUUGACAUUCUUGGCGAUGGGCUCCUUGUGGCAGACUCUGAUUCCUGGGAAUAUCAGCGCCGUGUGGCGACAACCAUCUUCGGUGCCCAUACCUUUCGGUCUUUUGCGAUGUCCAUAAUCGCAAGGAAGGUUGGUACUGUCUUGCUACCUUACCUUGACCACAUGGCUAAGCACAGUUCAGAGGUUGAGCUGGAGGGUGUUUUCAUGAGGCUCUCGCUCGAUGUCUCGUACUCUAUGGUGUUUGCUGCUGACCUUGACUGCUUAUCGGUGUCUGCUCCGAUGCCUGUGUUUGGCCGUGCCACAAAGGAAGCAGAGGAGGCAAUGCUGGUCAGACACCUUGUUCCAUCGAGGUUGUGGAAGCUCUUGAGGUGGCUCAAUGUUGGGACAGAGAAAAAACUUGCCGAUGCAAAGGUGGUGGUCAAUCAGUUCAUCUAUGAGGAGAUUGCCAAACGGAAGGCACAGGUGAGUGAUGGGAGCCAGGCAGAUAUACUCUCCAUGUACAUGAAAGUGACCUUGGAUGCCAGCAUGAGUGAGCAGCAGAAGACCCAGUUCCUGCGUGACACUGCAGUGGGGUUCAUCCUCGCUGGGAAGGACCUUAUUGCCGUCACGCUCACAUGGUUCUUUUACAUGAUGUGCAAGCACCCGAAUGUCGAGGCAAGGAUACUCGAGGAGCUCAAGGGCCUGAAGAGCAGUACCUGGCCUGGGAACUUCUCAGUCUUUGAGUGCGACGAACUGCGGUCUGCCAUUUACCUCCAAGCUGCACUCCUCGAGACACUCAGGCUUUUUCCGGCAACGCCAUUUGAGGAGAAGGAGGCCCAUGUUGAUGACGUCCUACCAAACGGCACCAAGGUGACGAAGGGCACAAGAGUCAUCUUCUCGCUCUAUGCGAUGGGGAGGAUCAAAGGGAUAUGGGGCAAGGACUGCAUGGAGUUCAGGCCAGAGCGGUGGAUAUCCAAGAGCGGCCGCCUCCGGCACGAACCGAGCUACAAGUUCCUGUCCUUCAACUCAGGGCCCCGGAGCUGCAUUGGAAAGGACCUCGGCCUCAGCAACAUGAAGAUGACAGCUGCCUCCAUCAUACACAACUUCAAGGUCGAGCUGGUCGACGACCACGCUGUGAUGCCACAGAGCUCUGUCAUACUGCACACGCAGAACGGGAUGAUGGUUAGGCUCAAGAGAAGGGCGGCAGCUUGAUGCUUCCUAUCACUUAGUUCUUGCUUUAUGGGGUUUUGUAGCAGUUUAUGCAACAAUAUGCAUUGGAAUAUUUAGAAGUUUGCACCCAUGAAUUUGGAAUUGUAUUGAAAUGGGAACAUGUGAUAGGAACGCAAUAGUACGGUAACAAGUGUCAGUGGUAGUAACAAAAUUGUAUGGUUACUGUUGUUGGUGUCUAAUACCCUUUUACUUGAUUCUAUGUAAAUUCUAGACCUGUUAAGUACAGUGUAUCUUAUAUUCCUAUCUC